AAGCAGGAGGCCGGAGGGUAUUUGAGGAAGAACGGCAUGAAAUUGCGUCAUAUACAUACAUACAUACAUACAUACAUAUACAUAUACAUAUACAUAUAUAUAUAUAUAUGAGUCCUAUCCAUAAAUGUCAUCACUAACUUUACCUUAUCAUCAACUGAGCAAACGAAUGAUUCUCAAAAGCCCAAACGCCACACUCAUCUUAAUUAGCACUUCCGCUUCCCCUUCCACUUGGAUCGUUGCUUAAGUAACAGGCACAGCCGCAGAGGCACCCCAAUUGACUUGGGCAGUGUGUGGCAGCGGGACUAGGAGGAGCCCCACUGAGUAGUGUACACAGAGCUUAUUGUACGACAGUCAUGGCGUCAGACGAUAGUAUGACCAUCCGGUCUUGUAUCUCCAUGCAGGAAGACGAGUACUAUGAGGAUACCGAUGAUUGGUUUGAUCAACUGCCCCAUCCCCAUAACUUGUCUAGGCUAUCCAUGUGUUCCGUAUGUGGUACCGAUCGUGAGGAUGUUAUGGAUUAUGAUAGUAAUCAUCAUGAUCAUGGUAACUACUACUACCAUGGCCAAGAUAAAUCCCCAGAAGACACUACCGCUGGCAUGAAUAUGUUCAUGUCACUCUUGUCCAUGGAAAGCUUUGACCGGGACGUACUGGAAGUUGGGCUGUCAUCCGACUCCGACAAGGAACCCAGCUCUUACUCACUUCCGGCAACGCCCCCAAGACGAAGGGCUCCAGGUGGAAUGUCCCAUUACAAGCAUCCCAAUUCCAUGCUGCUUAAAGAGUACGCCAGCGAGAAUGAAGCUCAAACAGUCAUGGGCAACAUUUCCAGGAAGAGCAGGAGGAGAACAAGAAGGACGCGAAUCAUCAACAAUCGACACUCAUGGCUAUCGGCAUCACCAGACAGAAGAAACAUAGCUAAAAAGAAAGAUGAUGAUGAUGAUGAUGACACGAAGGACGCCAAUAAUACGAUGAUGGCGCGGACGGAUAGUAGUCAGCUUGGCCAUUGCCAUAGCUUUAGCGGGGAGAGUGAGGGUGGGAGUGUGGUAGUGAUAACGAGGCCCAAGGGAGGGAGGAGGUCCUUGUGCAUGGACAUGGAGGAAGUCAAGGCUUGCAGAGAUCUUGGGUUUGAGUUGGAGCACCAGCAUAUGCUGCACGAGAUGCCCCAUCAUCUUUCUCGCUCUGCCUCCACCCUUGACACCAACACUACCUGCAGUAGCGGCGGCAAUUCCCCCAUCGCCAACUGGCGCAUCUCCAGCCCCGGUGACGACCCACGGGAAGUGAAGGCUCGAAUCAAGGUCUGGGCGCAGGCUGUGGCAUUGGCAUCCACAUCACGACAAGGCAUCUGAGCUCACUAAUCCACAAAAAUGAUCGCUUAUUCUCUCAGCAUGUGGUUUUUCAGUUUACCUAUUUUGCUUCCUACACUUAUGUUUGGGUAGUCCGUCACUCAGCACAUUUUUUGUUCUUGUGGGUUUUGGAUAGAUUGCAUCGUUUCGGUUUCCCUAGAAGGAUUGAGGUUUCUGGUUGACGUUCCUUGAUCUUCAUCUGAGUUCACCGUAUUUCAGCGCUACCUCUGCAGCGCAGCUUCUCCACAUUGUAAAUAUAGUAGUAUGCUGUAACUGAUCAUUCUUUUUCGUGAUGACAGAUUACAGACAUACUUGAUUAUGUUCAUUGUGUGUAAAGAUUUUCAAGAUUCAGUUUCAUGUAUCCAUUUUGUGUGGCGUUUCCCAUUGGAUAUUGGCAUUGGGAACGAUCGAUAUUGAUAUUGUAUUGGUUAUGAAACAUAUAUACAAAAGUUCAUGUUCCUACA